AUGGUCUGGUUCUACACGGGCAACGAGUCGCCCGUCGAGGAAUACGUCAACAACACGGGCCUCAUGUGGGAGACGGGCGCGGAGCUCGGCGCGCUGCUCGUCUGGGCCGAGCACCGCUACGAGGGCGGGUCCGUGCCCGCGUGCGCCGGGCUCCGCGACUGCCUGGCCUACGCGUCCGUCGAGCAGGCCCUCGCGGACUACGCGGUCGUGAUCGACGCGCUCCGGGCCGAGGUCGGCGACGUGCCCUUCGUGGCCGUCGGCGGCUCCUACGGCGGCAUGCUGUCGUCGUGGUUCCGGUUCAAGUACCCGACGGCCGUCGUCGGCGCCAUCGCGGGCUCCGCGCCCGUCUGGGGCUUCCCGCUCGACGCGCCGCCGCUCGACGGCUCCGCGGUCGCGAUAUCGCGCGGCGCGGGCUUCGCCGGCGGCCUCCCCGACGACAGGUGCGCGUCGAACCUCCGCGCGGCCUGGCCCGUGCUCGAGGACUUCGCGAGGACGGCGUCGCCCGCGGCGGACGGCACGACGGCGCUCGAGGCCGUCGCCGCGGCCUUCGACCUCUGCGAGCCGCUCGCGUCGCCCGACGACGUCGCGGAGCUCGUGCAGUCCGUCCAGGGCGUCUUCUUCGACCUCGCGGAGGCCAACUACCCGUUUCUUGUCGGCGUCCCGACACUUUCGAGGGCACCGAUCGUCCCCUCAGGUUCCCGUCGACGUACAUCACGAGCGCGGUGGGGCCGGGCGAGUACCCGCUGCCCGCGUGGCCCAUGCGCGCGGCCUGCGCGACGCUCGAGAAGAGCGACGCGCUGA